AUGAGUACUACUACUACUACUACUACUACUACUACUACUACUACUACUACUACUACUACUACUACUACUACUACUACUACUACUACUACUACUACUACUACUACUACUACUACUACUACUACUACUACUACUACUACUACUACUACUACUACUACUACUACUACUACUACUACUACUACUACUACUACUACUACUACUACUACUACUACUACUACUACUACUACUACUACUACUACUACUACUACUACUACUACUACUACUACUAUGACUACUACUACUACUAUAGUUAUUCUGUAUUGA